CCAGGCCCGGGUGACGCACAUGAAUGAGGGAGUGUCGUCAAUAAAUGAAAUAUGAAACAACAGGAUAUUGCUGCUGCUCGAUUCACUUGGAGGAGGACCUAGGAAUACUUCUACUUGGACGAGAACAACAUGCUGGCACGACACGACCCGAGUACAACUGCUUUUAUAUUAAGACUCAACUUUCAUUGGUCACUGGGGUUGGUCACUGAGAUCGAAGAGGCGACCCCUUUAGAGAAGAGGGGAAAAGGAAGGGGAAACAAAGGGAGAGGCAUGGCGCCCUUUUCUUUCAGAAUCAGUGACCACUGACUGCUGCCCUUUAAUUAAAGGAGUAGCAGAACUUCUACAACUACGAGAAGAGGAUCAUGCUAAUAUUAUUUCUUCUACUCCUCGACCUCGUCCCGACGGCGAGGAGGUCUUCAUGGGCCUUGAUCCUGUUCUUGCGCGUCAUCUCCUUGGUAGCAACCGCUCUUCCAGGAGAAGAUCUUCAUUAAGGGUAGGUUAAAGGUGCUUUUGUUAGCGUUUGUUACGGCUCUCUUCCUUAGGCGGGGACCGCCAUAACAAGCGGGAGAACCCACGAACACCAAAAGCCUACCUCUAACUUCAGCGUUGGCGCCUACUACGCAAGCACGACGACCCAGACGAGCGACUAGAGAAACAAGCAGGAAAAUCUAGCCACGAAGUCUACAGGAUGUCAGAG